AUGAAAGAAUCAUCAAAGUGUCCUAAGUUCCGACGCGAAGGACGUGGCUAUUAUGAACUCGCCAUUCACCGCCUUGCUAGUGCCAAACACUUCUCCGGCAUCGAAGAAAUUAUGGAGCAUCAAAAACACUACCCAGAUAUUCGCCACGAGCCCUUUGUCCGUCUCCUUAUUCUUCUUUAUGGAAAAGCGAGAAUGUUUGAUCAUGCAAGUAAACUGUUCGACGAAAUGCCUCAACUAAAUUGUCAGCGGAGUGUCUUUACCUUCAAUGCCCUUUUGGAAUCAUGCAUCAGAUCAGAAAUAUGUGAUAAAAUUGGGGAGUUGUUUCGUGAAUUGCCCGCAAAAUUGGAAAUUGAGCCUAAUAUAGUGUCGAAUAACCUUGCGAUUAAGGCGUUGUGUAAGGCUGGUUCUUCAGAUUCUGCUUUGCUUUUGAUGGAUGUGAUAGAAAAGCAUGGGAUUAAGCCGAAUAUUGUGACUUGUAAUACCUUGUUAAACGCACUUUAUGGAAGUCAAAGAUUUUCUGAAGCUGAAAAUUAG